AUGUCAUGGAACAUUUGGCCCAGCACGAGAUUGGAUGCAACUCGCAUCAUCGUGCCCCUUGGGUGCUUGUACACCCCACUGAAGGAGACAGAGGGCCUCCAAUUAGUGGAGUACGAACCCGUCAUUUGCAAGGGAAGAGAUUGUGGAGCUGUGCUCAACCCUUUCUGCUACGUGGACUUCCACUCCAAGAGUUGGACGUGCCCAUUUUGCCACCAGCGCAAUCGUUUUCCACAGCACUAUGCCGACCAUAUAACAGAGACCAACCUUCCCGCCGAGCUGCUGCAAAUGUGCUCUACUAUUGAGUACAUCAUUCCUCAAGUUGUUUGUCAGCCGCCUGUUUUUUUACUUGUUUUGGACAUCGCCCUCAUUGAAGAAGAGCUGGAUCAGGCGAAGGACUCCUUGCAGCAGUCCUUGGCCAUGAUGCCGCAGAACGCCUUAGUAGGAUUCAUCACCUUCGGAGCAAUGUGCUAUGUUCACGAGUUGGCCUCGACCACUCUGCCAAAGGCCUAUGCUUUUCGAGGUGGCAAGGAGUACACUGCUCAGCAGGUAGCCUAUCAAUUAGGCUUUGCCUUGAAGAAUGACCCUAGGGGCACCAUGGGUGCUCAAGCUGCGAGGAGGUUUUUGCUGCCAGUAGCCGAGUGUGAGUUCACCUUGAACUCUCUGCUGGAUGACCUCUCUCGCGACGCCUGGCCUCCAGGUGGCCAUGAUAGAAGACCCUUCAGGUGUACAGGUGCUGCAUUGAGUGUGGCUUUGGGCUUGGUGGAAGCCACUUGCCCUCAGAGUAGCGUUCGUGUCUCCCUGCUGGUGGGAGGGCCCUGCAACGUUGGCCCUGGCAUGGUGGUUGGCGAGGAGCUGGCCGAGACAAUUCGAUCUCAUCUGGACCUCCAGAAGGAGACGCCAAAUGCAAAGUAUACGAAAAAAGCGCUGAAAUUCUAUGCCUCGCUGGCCUCAAGGGCCGUCGCUUGUGGCUUCGCAGUGGAUAUCUUCGCUUGCUCUUUGGACCAGGUCGGUCUCUAUGAGAUGAAGGUCAUCUCGGACAAGACCGGUGGGUUCAUGGUCAUGAGCGAUUCAUUCAGUAUGCAUGUCUUCAAGGACUCUUUCAGAAAGGUUUUCGAGCCGGACGAGACCGGAUACUUGAAGUUGGGCUUCAACGCCAAGAUUGAGGUCUUCACCUCCAGGGAGUUCAAAUGCUGCGGCGCAGUGGGCGGUUUGUCGUCCUUGGGCAAAAAGGGCCCCUGCGUGGCAGAGACAGAGAUUGGCGAGGGAAACACUUGCCAAUGGGUCGUGGGAUCCCUGGACCGGAACACAACCAUCGGUUUCUAUUUUGACAUUGCCAACCAGCAGGCCAAUUCGGUCCCGCAGGGGAAGCAAGCCUUUUUGCAGUUUCAGACUUGCUACCUGCAUCCAUCUGGCAGGAAACGGCUGCGAGUGACCACGGUGUCCCAUCGCUUUUCGGAUGCUCAGAUGACUGACAUUCAGCCAGGCUUUGAUCAGGAGGCCGCGGCUGUGCUCAUGGCUCGCUACGCCGUCUUUAAGUGCGAGAACGAGGACCCUUUGGACGUGCUUCGGUGGGUUGACCGGAUGCUCAUUCGUCUCGUUUCGAAGUUUGCCAACUUCCGAAAGGAUGACCCAUCCAGUUUCCACCUGGGCCCAGAGAUGACCAUCUUCCCUCAGUUCAUGUAUCACUUGCGGCGCAGCAAUUUUUUGCAAACUUUCAACGCGAGCCCGGAUGAGACGGCCUACUAUCGAAUGCUUAUCCUGCGUGAGAACACCAUGAACUCACUGGUUAUGAUCCAGCCCGCUCUUUUGCAAUACUCAUUCGAGGAGGGGCCGCCUCAACCUGUGCUGUUGGAUGCCACCUCCCUGAAGUGCGGGACCACGGUGGGCCGCGGUGGAGCCAUCCGGGCCUUGCGGUUGGAUAGCCAUGUUGCCUUGGGUGCCGAUGCAGCUUGCUGA